UCUCAGAACCUUAUCAGUAUUAUAUAUAAAGCACUCAAUAAUUAAUCAUUCAUACCAAAUUUUCGCAAGUUUUUGCAUUAAAUCAUAUCACAUUUCGAUAUUGCAAUAUCUUAGUUCUGAGAUUUUAUCGGAAGGAUACGGUCAAGCAGUUCACAUUUCUGAAUAUUACGAUUUGGACAUUUAUCAAUGCUUACGUUCAAAUGGUAUUUUAGUUGUAUUUAUUAGAGUGUACGAAGCUAAAGAGAGAGGAAUGCCGGACUUAAAUGCAAUCGCAAAUAUUAAAAAUGCAAAUACUGCAAAUUUGGGCGUUGAAAUAUUUGUCGAACCACAGGUUAAGUCAACAAAGUAUGCUAAUGAACAAUUUUUGGAAGUUUACAGAUUUCUCAUCAAUAAUGAUAUCAUUGUUAAUACAAUCUGGCUCAAGGUAGAGUCAUUUUUUUUAAGCAAUGUUAACGUUGGGAUUUAUACUAGUUGGUACGAUUGGUAUCAGAUAACAGGUGGAUGGUCUAGUUGGGCAAAUCAGUACUGGCAUUUACUGAGUUUGGGGCCAGAUUCUGCAACAAAUUACGGAUUUAGUGAUUUUCGAUCUUUCAGUGGAUUCUUUGUACCACACGUGAAACAUUUUGUAGAAUGCUAUCGUAUUUGUGGUCUUAGUUUUUCUUCAAGUAUUUUUCUCAUUGGAAAUGCUGCCAAAGUCAAGAGAAAAACCAGCAUGGAAGACUUCUCGCCAUCCAACGCUAGCGCUGUCGAACUUGGCAUUUCCGUUGGAUUUCUUGAUUUCACAUCUCCCUCUCCUAAUUUUUAA